AUGAGUUAUAUUAGAAAAAAAGCUGUACCUAUAUGCAGAAGUGUACAACAUACUUUACCUUCUAUUAAACUUGCUAAAAAACAAAUAAAUACUCCAAGUAUUUCAAGUUCUUCAAGCAUUCUUAGCACUUCAAGCAUCUCUAAUUCAACUCAAAUGAGAUCAAAUACAUUAACUGCCAAACCUGUAUUUAUAGAAAGCCGCUUAGAUAGAUCUGAUGAUAAUAAUAGUAAUUUACAUGAUCUAGACAUUUUAAGUUAUAAUAAAAAUUCUAUAAGUCCUAUUGACAAUGAUAUUUUAAAAAAUGAGUUGACUCAUUCAAAUUUUAAGCAAAAAAAUAAAGAAACAAUAAAUAAAAAAUUUAUAGAAAAAAAUCUUUGGCAUCAACCAUUACAA